AUGACUUCGACAGACUCGCCAAAGAAGAACUACAAUUUGGCCAUUGUUGGCGGUGGUAUCUCAGGCCUGACCCUCGCCAUCACACUCCUACGGUAUGGUGUACCCAUCACCGUUUACGAAGCGGCGCCUCACUUCGGCGAGAUAGGUGCGGGCGUGUACCUUGGGCCAAAUGCGGGGCGGGCAAUGAAGCUCAUGGAUCCCAAGAUCCACGAAGCUUUCACGAAAACGAAGACAGGAAAUCAGUGGAAGGAAAAGGCAGACUCUUGGUUCACAAUUCGCGUGGGCGACGAGCGCAAAGCAGACAAAGAUGGCUACGUGAAAGAAGGUAAGAAGGUGGGCGAUGCCCUCUUUGAUGUGCCAAUGGAGGCUGGAGGCGAUCGAGGAGGUGUUUACAGAGCAGCUUUCCUGGACGAGCUGGUCAAGGACAUUCCAGACAGCGUGGCUCGCUUCGGAAAGAGACUAGUGGAUCUGAGCAAUGCGAAAGACGACUCCGGAGAUAUGGUAUUACACUUCGCCGAUGGGACUACAGCGCAGCAUUCUGCUGUGAUUGGUUGCGAUGGUAUCAAGUCAAAAACAAGGCCAUGGCUACUCGGCAAAGACGAUACCGCGUCAGACGCAGUGUACUCGGGGAAGUACGCGUACCGAGGCCUGAUUCCGAUGGACAAGGCCGUGGAGUUGCUGGGUGAAGAUGUUGCAGCAAACAGCUCUAUUUUCUUAGGGUAUCAUGGCCAUAUCCUUACCUUCCCGGUCCAGAGGGGCAAGACAAUGAACGUCGUUGCUUUCAACUCGAGCAAAACCUGGGACAACGAGAAGUGGGUCGUCACGACCUCGAAGGAAGAGAUGGAAGCCGAGUUCAGAGAAUGGGGUCCACAGGUCCAGAGAAUUGUCGGCGCCAUGGAGAAGCCUGAUAUCUGGGCGCUGUUUAUGCACCCUCCUUGCAACACUUUCCACAAGGGACGACUAUGUCUGCUUGGUGACGCUGCGCAUGCUACAACACCACACCAAGGCGCCGGUGCCGGCAUGUGCAUCGAAGACUCUUACAUCUUGGCCAACCUUAUCAAGGAUGCGAACAAUGUGAACGAUCUUGAAUGUGCAUUCCACGCCUUCGAUUACACCAGGCGAGAGAGGACACAAAAAAAUGUUACGACGAGUCAGGAAGCAGGACAGUUGUACGACAUGGAACUAUACGGCGAUGAUCUCGAGAAGAUCGAGCAUAGCUUCUUGACAAGGAUGCAGUGGAUCUGGGAGUUCGAUAUUGAGAAGCAGCUGGAAGAGGCGCAGAAGAUUAUGCGUGGCGACGCUGUAAAGACAUAG